UGUGGGUGAUUAUGAGUAAUGAAUAUUGUUAUUAUGGGUGUGGCUAGUUAAUUAACAUUCUUGACAAACAAUGUCUAAAGGUAUCUAUCAACUGGGAGGGAUAGCGUUUCACUCAGCUCCUGUAGUAGGAGAAUCAGUGUUCCUGUGGGGAGGGGGUAGGCCUGACUUACCUCUUGUUCAUGAUUCCCCACAAAAGAGGAAAUAUUUGUCCACCAUUGAUAGACUGGAGUUUAGGACUGGUCAUUGGUCCUCUCACGUGACCAGAGGAACGUCACCUCCUCUAGGAGCUAUAGGAUACUUUUGUACUACCAGAAACAAUGACAUCUUCUUUUUUGGUGGUGCCUGUGGAGAUGGUCACUGCUACCAUAAUGAUGUCAACUCAUUUAACAGUCUAACAUAUGAAUGGAGUAAUAUAGUACCAACCAGUGAUGCUGUAAUGAAGAGAGGGCUUGGUGGUAUGGUGUGUAUGGAGUCUAUGGGUACAGAAUACCUAUUUAUGAUAGGAGGGACUGGUCACAGUUCUAUACCCACUACAUACCAAUCACAGUAUCAUUAUAUUCAGUUGGUUAAUGGUCGUAUUCGUACUAAUGAACAGAAUUUAUUAAGUUUAUCAACAAGUAA